AUGGACAAAGAUCAUAAUCUGUGCUCUUUCUUGAUAUCUCUAUACCUCUGUUUAUUCUGCGUUAUACUCUUAUCCAAAAGAUCCCGCGCCGCUCAUUUUCAAUACGAAGCAUGCUUGCCGACAAAUUGCAGCUCCGGCGGCCCGAAUAUAAGCUUCCCGUUUUAUAUUCCGGGCCGACAGGAACCCUACUGCGGGUACCCGGGAUUUGCGCUCAACUGUUCGGAAAGUGGGUUUCCUGUUCUUGAGUUGUCGGAAAAUGAAUACGUGGUCGAAGACAUCUUCUACCGGAACCGAUCUCUACAUGUGUAUAAUGCAGCUGUUUCGAGAUCUGGUGGUAGUAGUUGUCUUCCGAAAAUCAGAAACACGACUCUUCCUCCAUCCCAAUUCGGCUACGUCAGCUCCACGUCAGCACUCCGUUUGUUCUCUAACUGCAGCGAACCGAUGCGUGGCGAACUGUCGAGGUUCGUUGUCGACUGUGAAGGUUCCGAGGACGAGAAAAUAUGGGAGCUCGCUCUGAAUAAUAACGAUACAGAUGAGGAGAAUCAGAGGAGUAUUGCUAUGGAAGAGUGCGGAGAAAACGUUAUUGCACCUGUGGAAUCAUUUGGGAUCAUUGGAAAUAAUAUUAAUAAUAAUGGAAAAAUGGUGAAUAUUACGGAGAUUUUGAGGAAGGGUUUUUUGAUGAACUGGAUUGCCAGUGACUGCACUACGUGCGAAGAUAGCGGCGGCCAUUGCGGGUUUAAUUCAUCCACUUUCCAUUUUCGGUGCUUUUGUCCGGACAUGCCUCAUUCUAGGAGCUGCAAACCUGAAAAGGGACCGUUAAGUAAGAUUUUUCUCAUAGGUGGCCUGGCUAUGGCUUCUCUUAUAUUCACUUCCAUAAUUCUAUUCUUUUUCGUUCGGAGGAAACGCGUACAUCUUAAAGGUUUUAAUGAAAAGGACAUUGAACUAUUCUUGAAGAACAACGGGAAUCUUGCACCAAAAAGAUACAAAUACUCGGACAUUAAGAAAAUGACCAAGUCGUUCAGUGAAAGCUUAGGGAAAGGAGGCUAUGGUAGUGUUUACAAAGGAAAAGUAUCCGAUGAUGGUCGUCUUGUAGCGGUGAAAAUGCUGAAUGAAUCAAAAGGGAAUGGAGACGAAUUUAUGAAUGAGGUUGCAAGUAUUAGUAGAACUUCCCACAUUAAUGUCGUCACACUUCUCGGAUUCUGCUUCGAGGGUUCUAAGAGAGCUCUCAUUUACGAAUUCAUGCCUAACGGCUCUCUAGAAAAAUUCAUUCAAAAUAAGACUUCCUCAUCGGUAGGAGUUGUAUUGGGAAGCGAAAAAUUGUUUCAAAUUGCACUCGGCAUUGCUCGUGGGCUAGAAUAUUUGCACCAAGGCUGCAACAUGCGUAUUUUGCACUUUGAUAUAAAGCCUCACAACAUUCUUCUGGAUAUGGACUUCAAUCCGAAGAUUUCGGAUUUCGGUCUUGCUAAAUUGUGCCCUAACAGAUCGAGUAUAGUGUCCAUGUUAGUGGCGAGAGGGACAAUAGGCUACAUUGCUCCGGAAGUAUUUUCUAGAAACUUUGGAGAAGUGUCUCACAAAUCCGAUGUCUACAGCUACGGAAUGGUGAUUUUGGAAAUAGCCGGUGCGACGAAAAAUAUUGACCCUAAAGAAGUUGAUCGCUCGAGUGAAGUGUACUUCCCGCAAUAUAUUUACAGACAACUUGAAUUAGAGGCGGAAAAUGGUCGUGGCAAUAUUGAAGAUGAAGAUGAAGGGCAAUUUAGUAUGAAGAAGUUGAUAAUUGUUGGAUUAUGGUGCGUACAAACUGAUCCGAAGGACCGACCGUCGAUGAAGAAGGUUCUAGAAAUGUUGGAAGGGAAUCUUGAAGUUUUGCAAGUGCCACCUAAAUCUUAUAUUUCGUCGCCUCAGAGAUUUGCACCGAGCUUUUCAACGUCGGAAUCUAUAUAGCUCUUUAUGCUUUGAUUUGUAUUGUAGAAUGUAUAAAAUUUCAAUGUUUGUUUUGUGUGGUGGGAAAUUCAGAACUUGUUGAAUAUUCAAAAGCACAAGUGAGCAUAUUUCUAGAGAAGGUAUCAA